AUGGUUGCUGCGAGAGUUCCUUUUGCACUCUUCCUUGGCCUUCUCUUUGCUUCUGUGCAGGUAGACACAGGUAGGAACAACUGUACCAGACCAGGGGUUGGCACACAUCUGCAAUUCAAGCUUUUGGGAAAAACGAAUCAGAGGACAAGUCGUAGAGGCUUCUGUCGCGCAAUCGCGCCCUACUCAACGGCGUUCACAUUUGAUUUUGUUGAAGGCUCCACGGUGCUUCCUCCUCUGCACGCACCCCUCACAGCCACCUCUUGUCAUCUUUGCAUGCUAUCCGUCGAAGUAGAACCCAGUCAAGACCGACUCGCCUCACAGGGUGGUUGCAACUCUGAAACAAAUUACUACUAA